GGCUACUCGGACUCGCAGCCCUCCUCCGAGCCGCCCGGGCCGCCCGCGGGCCUCCAGUUGACAAGUCGCAAUUUGACUCGCUCUGCUGCAUGUCAGGAGGGACCGUGGAAAGUGCGGGGACCGAGUGAUCGCCGCUCCCCAAGGAAAAGAGCCAGACCCUACAGACAAAACCCAGCCGCCCGACCCAACCCAACAUGAGGCUGCUGGAGAGGGCGAGGAAAGAAUGGUUCAUGAUCGGGAUCGUGCUGGCCAUCGCCGCGGCCAAGCUGGAGCCGGCCGUGGGGGUGAACGGAGGUCCACUAAAGCCAGAAAUAACUGUCUCCUACAUUGCUGUGGCGACGAUAUUCUUCAACAGUGGACUGUCAUUGAAAACAGAGGAGCUGACCAGUGCUUUGAUACACAUCAAACUGCAUCUGUUUAUCCAGAUCUUCACACUUGUUUUCUUCCCAGCGGCAAUCUGGGUUUUCCUACAGCUCUUAUCCAUCACACCCAUCAACGAGUGGCUUCUCAAAGGUUUGCAGACAGUAGGCUGCAUGCCUCCACCAGUGUCCUCUGCAGUGAUCUUAACCAAGGCAGUUGGUGGAAAUGAGGCAGCUGCAAUAUUUAAUUCAGCCUUCGGAAGUUUUUUGGGCAUCGUGAUAACACCUCUGCUGCUGCUGCUUUUCCUCGGUUCAUCCUCAUCUGUGCCUUUUACAUCUAUCUUCUCUCAGCUCUUUAUGACCGUCGUGGUCCCUCUUAUUAUUGGACAGAUCGUCCGAAGGCACAUCAAAGAUUGGCUGGAAAGGAAAAAGCCCCCAUUUGGGGCCGUGAGUAGCAGCGUCCUUCUCAUGAUCAUCUACACCACCUUCUGCGACACCUUUGCCAACCCCAACAUUGAUCUGGACACAUUCAGCCUCAUCAUCAUCCUGUUCAUCAUAUUUUCUAUUCAGCUGAGUUUUAUGCUCUUAACCUUCAUCUUCUCAACAAGGAAUAAUUCGGGUUUCACACCAGCAGACACUGUGGCUAUCAUUUUCUGUUCUACUCACAAAUCACUCACUUUGGGAAUCCCUAUGUUGAAGAUUGUAUUUGCCGGCCAUGAGCACCUCUCUCUAAUAUCCGUGCCCUUGCUCAUUUACCACCCAGUUCAGAUCCUGCUGGGAAGUGUGUUGGUGCCCACCAUCAAGUCAUGGAUGGUCUCAAGGCAGAAGGGUGUGAAGCUGACCAGGCCAACGGUAUAACGGAGGAGGCACCCUGGAUGCUGCCAUGUAGAUAUGUACAGACACGCUGUGCUGAAGACAUGUUCUUGUGAAAACAGUCUCGACGCAUAUUUUAUUUUUGUAUACACACACAAAUAUGAGAGAACUGUGUAAGUGCCUUAAAGAUGUCUUGGACCAGAGCAUUCUUUCCAAAAACCAAUAUUGUACAUGCCAGAGGGUGGUGCAGUAUUUUGGAACUGUCUGAUUAAUGCCUUUUCUGACACAAGAGACAGUCCCCAUCGGUGAAAACAAGCGAAUAUGCCUUCUCCCUCUCACCUUCUUGCAUCACACAUCUCUGUCACUGUUACUGCCCUAUCUGAAACGAGGUCACACCAUCACGAAAAUGCCCUUCGGAUGCAGUGAGUUUU